AUGUUCGGAGUUCAGCAGCACAACGCCCCCGGGCACGUGCUGUGCUGCAUGUGCGGCGUCGGCAUGCCCCCCAACCCGGCGGGCAUGUGCGUCGACUGCAUCCGCUCGCAGGUUGACAUCACGGACGGUAUUCAGAAGCAGUGCACGGUGCUGUACUGCAACCAGUGCGCCAGGUACCUGCAGCCGCCGCGGCACUGGAUCCGCGCGGACCUCGAGUCGAAGGAGCUCCUCACGUUCUGCAUCAAGCGCGUCAAGGGCCUGGGCAAGGUGAAGCUCACGGACGCGGGUUUCAUAUGGACGGAGCCCCACAGCAAGCGCCUGAAGAUCAAGCUCACGGUCCAGAAGGAAGUGCUGAACGGCGCCAUCUUGCAGCAGACCUUCGUCGUCGAGUUUGUCGUCGAGUGGCACAUGUGCGACGCGUGCUCGAGAGCCGCGGCCAACGCCGAUCAGUGGACCGCGUGCGUGCAGGUGCGACAGAAGGUUGAGCACAAGCGGACGUUCCUCUUCUUGGAACAGCUCAUCCUGAAGCACGGCAUGGAGGCCAACACCAUCGGGAUCAAGUCCCAGCCCGACGGCCUGGACUUUUACUACGGCUCCCGAUCGCACGGUUUGAAGCUGCUCGACUUUUUGCAGCAAGUCGUGCCCGUUCGCGCGAGGCACGACAAGCAGCUCGUGAGCCACGACGCCAACAACAACACGUACAACUACCAGUACACGUUCAUGGUCGAGAUCGUGCCCGUGUGCAAGGAGGAUAUCGUGUGCCUUCCGCACAAGGUGUCCCUCGGGCUCGGCGGCGUAGGGCCAAUCAUGCUCGUCACCAGGGUCGGAGCGUCGUUCCAGCUCACCGAUCCGUCGACGCUGCGGCAGAUCUGGGUCGCCGCGGACCAGUACUACAGGUCCCCGUACAAGCCCAUCGGCUCCGCGAAGAUGAUGACGGAGUACAUCGUCCUGGACAUCGAACCCGCGGACAUGGGCCGGCAACGCGCGGGGAAGUACCUCCUCGCCGACGUUCAGGUUGCCAGGUUGGCGGAUUUCGGCGUCAACGACGUCAUCCUGCACGCCAAGACGCACUUGGGCCACCACCUCAACCCCGGGGACACCGCGUUCGGUUACGACCUCGCGUCCCUGCAGAUCGUGGACCCGGAGCUGGAGAAGUACAAGCACGGCGUUCAGCUCCCGGACGUGCUGCUGGUGAAGAAGAGCUACCAGGAGAAGCGGCGGCGGCGGCGGCAGAAGGGCGUCGGUCGAGGGUGGAAGCUCCAGCGCAUGGACAUCGCGGAGGAGGAGGCGGCGGGCGGGGCGAAGGGUGCACGGGAGGAGGAGCGCAGGGCCAACGACGAGGAGCUGUUCAUGCAGGAGCUGGAGGAGGACGAGGACGUCCGAGCGCAGGUUCAGAUUUUCAGGGACGCCGCCGCGCAGCCUCGCGCCGCCGCCGCGACAAACGACGACGAAGACGACGACGACGACGACGUGCCCGAGGUUCCCAUCGAGUGUCUCCUGGACGAGCUCUCGCUCAACAGACGGGUCGACCCUGACGUCGGCGGCGGCGGCGGCGACGAGUACGACGAGGACGACGGGGACGAGUACGAAGAGGGCGAGGAGGACGAGGAGAUGGCGGAUUGAGCCGAGGGUGUUAGGUUCGAGCCGAGUCAUAGAACCGCUGGGAAACGUUGUUGAUCAAAGUUGAUUUGCCCG